UAAUUAUCCGAAUGGAUUGUGUGAAAACAGAUCCAAAGAAGAGAUAGCAUAAGGGGAAUAAGAAUAAACGAAAACAAAAAUUAUUCUAUGGAAUGAGAAGAGCGGUAAACAAAUAAAUUGAAAAUUUGUGAAAGAAAAGAACCCUUUAUCUCUCUCUCAACAAUCCAAACAUGGUGUUUUGAGGUGGAUGAGCGUCUUUGCCAUGAUUCUUCUCACUCCCAUAUUUCUGUUAACCCUCGCCGCCGCGGCCACUGCCACCUUCCUUUUCGGGGUGGUUGGGGCCGUGCUGUUCCAAACGGGGUGCUGCAAGAGGGUAUGGAGAAGAAUGGAAGAUUGGUUCCACGUGUAUCAAUUCCUCACAGUACCUGAACUCCACCAAACCAAACGCCACAACCACCUCUACACCAAGCUCUCCCUAUACUUACAUUCCCUACCUUCCAUCCAAGACUCCCAUUUCGCCAACCUCGUCACUGGGAAGAACCAAAACGAUGUCGUCCUCUGCCUCGCCCCCAACCAAACCAUCCAGGACCAUUUUCUCGGAGCCACAGUCUACUGGUUCAACCAACCCGCUCAUCCCAACCCAGAAGGAACCGGAACCUACGUUCUCAAGAUCAGGAAGGUGGACAAGCGCCGAAUCCUCCGUCCUUAUCUUCAGCACAUUCACGCCGUAGCCGACGAAAUCGAGCUGCAAGGAAAGCGCGACUUGCGCCUCUUCACCAACAGUGUCGAUGAGUUUGGCCAGUGGAGAUCCGUUCCGUUUACGCAUCCUUCCACGUUCGACACCAUCGCCAUGGAACCGGAUCUCAAAAGCAAGGUCAAAUCCGAUCUCGAGUCCUUCCUCAGAGCGAAACAGUACUACCACCGCCUCGGCCGCGUCUGGAAACGGAGCUUCCUCCUCUAUGGUCCCUCCGGUACCGGAAAAUCGAGCUUCGUCGCCGCCAUGGCCAAAUUCCUCUCGUACGACGUGUUCGACAUCGACCUGAAUAAAAUCCCUAGCGAUUCGGAUCUGAAAUUGCUCCUUCUGCAUACGACGCCGAAAUCGGUGGUGGUGAUCGAGGACCUGGACCGGUUUGUGGCGGAGAAAACGGAGAGAAUAAGUGUUUCGGGGAUACUAAACUUCAUGGAUGGGCUUGUAACCUCGUGUUGCGCGGAAGAGAGAGUGAUGGUGUUCACGAUGAACACGAAGGAGCAUGUUGACCCGAACAUGCUCCGUCCGGGUCGGGUCGAUGUGCAUAUCCAUUUUCCGCUUUGUGAUUUUUCGGCGUUUAAGACGCUGGCGAAUAAUUACCUUGGGGUGAAGGACCAUAAGCUGUUCCCUCAGGUGCAAGAGAUUUUCCAAAACGGUGCGAGUUUGAGUCCCGCUGAAAUCGGCGAGUUGAUGAUCGCGAACCGGAACUCGCCGAGUCGGGCUAUUAGAUCAGUCAUCACCGCAUUGCAAACGGACGGUGAUGGCAGGGGGUGCGGCUUGAUCGGACGGCAAAAGGAGGAUGAUGAAAUGGAUGAACCGGAUGGGGUUGUCUGCGGUGAGGGUGUUCAUACGGUUAAGGAUUUGCGGAGACUGUACAGUUUUUUCAGAUUCAGGGUUACGAGAAAAUCUUCAUCCUCCAAUUCUUCCUUGCCCGCGAGUCCACUGCGAUAGUUAGUCACUAAUCAUCACUUCAUUGGAAAGAUAUGUGCAAUGUUCCCAAUUGCACUUCAUUCGGCGGAAACAGAUAAUUACAGAUACCCUUGCAGAAGAAGAACAAUUUGGUGGCAAGCUUUUUCGUCCAUAGCCAAAUUGAACACAACAGCAGUUGUUCAUGGGAUGCAAACAUUGCAACUCUUACAAGGUGAUUGUUAUUGUCCAUUUUUCAGCCAUCAACAUCGAACUGUAAAUCUUUAUAAUUAGAUUGAUACAUUGCAUAUAGGAAAAUAAUUUACACGGUCAGAAGAAAGGUUAUCCUUAGAGUUUGGUGAACUGUGAAUCCAAUCUAAUGUAUAGAUUUAUUUCUUUAGGAAAACAAAAUCCGAAAGUUCCUUCAUAAGAAUGAUAUGUUAAUUCAUUUCGUUCUGUAAAAGUGCUUUGAUUGGUUACAAAUUACGAAAUGGUUACUUUCCUUUUACAGUAUAUUUACGUGAAAACGUUGAAAAAGAAAAUGACUUGUCUUGAAUUAAUUCAUUUCCAAACUAGCACUUAUUUGGAAGCACUGGUCUCUGUUUUAAUUUACAUAUACCAGAUCGAUGAACAGAACUUAUAGCGAUUGAUUGCAGUUUUAAUAAUAACGCCUCACCACAAUUUUUGUUUUUUUGUCUUUUGUGUGAAGUGUGAAAGAGGUUUUGUAAUGUUUGCCAUUGUUGUAAGUGAAGUUGGUAUACCAAUUGAAAGGAAAAAACAAAGUCAUGGGCGCAUAUAGUAGUCAAUUUAAUGCAUAUCUAUUUCAACGCAUAUAACAAGGACUGGAUUCACUAUCAUGAAGUAAACACAAACUCAUGCAUAUAUGAGUAGGCAGUGUUAAAUAGAUCACAAAAACCAUCAGAAAAUCUCGGUUGUGGUUAUUUUCCGGAGCCUAUCAGUGAUCAAAAGUUAAACAGUGUUACACUGUAUAAUGACAUGUAGUCCUCAUUAUGAAGAGUCACAUGUGUAUGAUUCUUCGUUCCAUAUUCCCAUUUUAUAUUCGAACCCUCUAACGAUCGAUCCAACUAGCAAGCAUCUUUGAUGAAUAAAGCAAAUUAAUUACUAGCCAAGUAUAUAGUAUAUAA